AUGCGGCGGCUGCCGAAAUCCCUCCUCUUCGCCUGCCUCUCCAGGCCCCUCCGCUACCGCCCCCCGCUCCCGCUCCCGCCGCUCCACCCUUCGCCUCCCCAGCCCCCGCGCCCGGGUCCCCGCCUCCUCCCCUUCUCCACUCAAACCCUAGCCCCGGGCCCUCCUCCUCUCCCUGCGCCAGAUGCGGCGUCGACGGCCGAGCCCGCGGGCCUCGCGCUUCUGGAGGCCGCGGAGCUGCACGAGUCCAAGGGAGACCACCAGGAGGCCCUCGGCCUCGCCCUCAAGGCGCUCGCGCCGCUGCAGGCGUCCCACGGCGGGUGGUCGCUCCCCGUCGCGCGCGCGCUCCGCCUCGCCGGCGCCGCGGCCGCCCGCGCCGGCAGCCUCAGCGACGCGCUCGAGUCCCUCGGCGCCGCCGCGGAGAUCGUCGACUACCUGGCACCCGCGCGGUGCGAGGGGGUGCCUAAGGAGGUGGCGGCUGUCGGCUCCGCCGUGUACGAGCAGCUGGGGCGCGCCAAGACGGCCAUGGGGCACCGGUGGGACGCGGUGGGUGAUCUCCAGCGCGCGCUGGACCUGAAGCUCCGGUAUCUGGAGGGAGGGAGCGUGGAGCUUGGGGACGCCUACAGGGACGUCACCGAGGCCUAUGCUGGCGUGCUCGACUUUGACAAGGCGCUGCCAUUGUGUUCCAAAGCGUUGGGCAUUGCGGAGGGGCAGUUCGGUGAGGACUCGGCAGAAGUGGCUAAGCUCCGGCGACUUCUCAUGGCUAUCUAUACUGGGUUGGGUCGCCAUGCAGAGGCUCUUGAGCAAAUUGAGCUUGCAAGGAUGGUAUAUGAGCGAUUGGGAUUGAAUGUCGACCUUUCCCAGACCGAAACUGAUGGGGCUAAUAUCCGUAUCUUGUUGGGGAGAUCAGAGGAGGCGAUGAAUGACAUUAAGAGGGUGAUGCAGCGGGCAGACAAGGAGAGCGAGGAGCGUGCACUGGCAUAUGUCACAAUGGCAAAGAUAUUAAUCUCCGAGGAGAGGGUUUCAGACUCGAAGCGGUGCUUGGAGAUUGCCCGGGGGAUCAUCGACGCAAAGGAUUCCAUUGACCCUGGCCGUUUUGCUGAGGCAUAUGCUGAGAUAUCAAUGUUGUAUGAAUCGAUGACACAGUUUGAAAUGCCUUUGAGCUCGCUUGACAUGUCUUUGAGCUUGAUGAAGAAAACACUUGCAAUUCUUGAGAGCGCCAAGGAGAUGCAUCACAUUGAAGGCAGCAUCUCAGCAAGGAUGGGGUGGCUCCUCCUGCAUACUCAUAAAGCUGAUGAGUCUGUUCCUUAUCUGGAGAGAGCGGUUGAUAAGUUGAAGAAUUGCUUUGGACCACGGCACUUUGGGUUAGGUUUUGCUUAUAGGAAUCUGGGGCAGGCCUAUCUUGAAAUGGACCAACAUCAGUCAGCUGUGAAGUUCUACACACUUGCAAUUGAUAUUAUUGAAGCUACAUUUGGACCGACACAUGAGGAUUCUAUUGACACAAAACAGUCCCUUGCAAAUGCAUACGGACUGAUGGGAAGCUACAAACUUGCUAUAGACUUUCAAGAACAAGUCAUAGAUGCCUACAGUAGGUGUGGCAGUGGUGCCUUUGAGGACCUCAGGGAAGCUCAUAGGCUUUUAGAGCAGCUCAAGAAGAAGGCGCAAGGAUUGCCUCAUGCAGUAUUUCCUGCAUAUUCAUUGCCGGUUCUACCCGAAAAUAAUGAUUAG